GUCUCGUGACUGAUUCCAGGGCUCUCUUCUCAGCUUUUAAUAAGACGAAGCAAAGUACAGUAAAAGCUUUCUAGGUCGGCUCACCACCGUCGCGUUCUCGUCUUAGCUUCGUCUCUCCUUUAUUGCAUCGUUAUCGAAACCUCAGCUCAAUGCCUCAAUCCCAAAGAGACACAGACACGCCCUGAUCUGCAAUAACAACUACUUCUCAUUCUCCUUCUUUGCAUUGAAAACGCCCAAAUGGCCUAUGUAGAUCACGCCUUCUCCAUUACGGACGACGAUCUCAUGGAGACUUCCUACAUCAUCCACAACAAGCCUCCCAUCAAGGAGAUCGCCCUCGCCGUUUCCCUCCUCGUCUUCGGAACCCUAGGUAUCGUCAUCGGCUCCCUCAUGGCCUACAAUCACAUCGGAGGCGACUCUUCUCACGGGCUCUUCUUUGCUGUACUGGGGACGGUAUUGUUCAUUCCUGGUUUCUACUAUACGCGGAUUGCAUAUUACGCUUACAAGGGAUACAAAGGAUUCUCAUUUUCAAACAUACCUCCUGUGUAGCUGGCUCUCUGUUCUUAGGGUCAAGUUCAGAUAGCUUUCGCAUGUACAGAUCUUCCUUGGCUGUUCAUUCCUCUUUCUCCUUGUUCUCCUUUGUUUAAUUUCCCCUUCGGUUUCACUGGAGAUAUAAUGUGUAUUUAGAUUUCGGUCGCUUCCAAACCUGAGCAAUACAGUUGGUUUUGUACAUUUUACUAUAUUUGAUCAGUUCGUUUGUGAUA